AUGGCAGAACCAAGUUCAACAUCAAAUUCACUUUUGGCUAGUGGAUUACGCUCAACAGUACAAACAAUGGCUCAAUUAAUUUCUGAAAGUACUCCUCUUAGUACUCAAUUUGGAGAUGUUCUAAAUUCAAGUAAUUCUGGAUCUUCAUUGGCUUCAUCGUUACUUCCUGCUUCUCAAGUAACGCCAACUCAAUCUUCCUUAUCCAAUUCAACAGGAAGAGGUGAUGAUUUGGUACUUGUAGGUGCUUUCAGAAGAUUAAGAACUUUUUUAACACAAAUAUUACAAUUUGGUUCAAGUCAAUUAUCUAAUUCAGAUGGAGUUACACCAACUGAAAGUACAGUAUUUUCAAGUGCAACUACUAAUACAUUACUAGAAAAAGCAGUGAGCACAGUAUCGGAUAUGGCGAAAGGUGGUAAUGAAUCUUCUUAUAUUAAUUUGUUGUCUGGAAAUUCAACAUUAGUUCCAUCAAAUAUGACAAAUUCAACAUGUAAUUUAUUAGAAAACAAUGGACCUAGAUUUGAAACUACCUUAGGUGUAUUUCUUAUAAUGUUUUGUUUGUUAGGAAUUGUUUGGUCCAUGGUAUGCCAGAAGGAAGGCCAACAUAUAAAGGAACUUAUAUGCGGAAAAAAAAAACUCAAAAGAACAGGAGUCGUACCAUUAAGUUCGUUAGCUAAAAUAGAAGAAGAACCUACAUAUGAAAAUGAUAAUGAGGAUUAUGAUAAAAAUAAAAAAGAAAAACCAGAUGAAGAAGAAUGUGUCAGUAUUUAUGAGAAUAUUAAUAUUGAUGAAGAAAGUGAUUAUGAUAAUGUUAGUUCUGAUAGAAGACGAAGAAGAUAUCAUGAUGAAAAUGGUAAUGAUGAAGAGAAUAUUAGUUUUGUUCCAAAAAAAAAAAAUGAUAAUGAAGAAGAAGAAGUAACAUACUUAAAUGAAUGA